AAUUAGGGUUUAUGUUCGAGGAGCCUUCCUUCGCGGUAUAGAAGAAACACACAAAAUUUGUUCAACUAAUCCUGAAAUUUAAACAGAGAUGUUGCAGAGCAAAGUCUUCAGCAAGAGGACCAGAGGAGGCAAAGUGCAGAAGACUGUGAGAGAGGUGUAUUUGAGGGACGACUUGCCAUGUGGAGCUCCCUUUUGCAAAGUAUGUGACACUUCCAAGGCUCGCUUGAGUCCUUCCGCUUCUUCUCCAAUUCUCAUCGUCGACACUAAUGUCGUGCUCAGCCAGAUUGAUUUACUGGAGAAUCCGGCGAUGGACAAUGUGGUGGUUCUGUCGGUGGUGAGGGACGAGGUGAAGAACAGGAACAUUGCGGUUUUCAAAAGAAUUGAGACUCUCUGCUAUAACUCUACCAGGAAUUUUUUCGUGUUCUAUAAUACAUUACACAAGGAUACAUUUGUUCAUGACGUUUCAGGAGAAAGUCCCAAUGAUCGAAAUGAUAGAGCUAUACGGGUUGCUACUCAAUGGUACCAGAAUCAUCUUGGUGGUCAGACACGUGUUUUGCUUAUCACAAAUGACAGAGAAAACAAGAGGAAAGCUACUGAAGAGGGGAUUUCCGCAGAGACAAUUGAAUCCUAUGUGAAGUCAUUGGGUCAACCAAAUUUGCUCGAUCUACUUGUUAAGCCUGUCUCUGAAGAUGUAGAAAUGGAGGAUGCUGAUGCUUUAAGACCUUCAAAGAGGAAAGUUCUUUACGCAGAGCACAAGCCUAUGUCUGAAAUUACAUCUGGUUUGCGUUGUAAAAUAUACCAUCAAGGAAAACUUCGAGUUAACCGCUAUAAUCCAUUUGAAGCAUAUGUUGGGAGCGAGAGCAUAGGUGAUGAAAUAAUCAUUUAUGGGCGUACAAACAUGAAUAGGGCUUUUGAUGGUGAUGUAGUGGCGGUGGAACUUCUGCCUCAAGAUCAGUGGCGUGAGGAGAAGUUUUUGUCUAUAGCAGAUGAAGCAGGGGAAGAGGAAGAGGAAGAAGAUGUUCAUCUUGCUCCAAAUAGUGCCGAUGAUGCUCUUAGAAAUACAAAUCCUCCAAACUCUGCUGAUGACAAAAAUUCUGUUCCAUGCCGUCCCGCAGGCUGUGUUAUUGGUAUUAUAAAGCGAAACUGGCACUCUUAUUCUGGAUCUUUAGAACCACUACCUAUGCCUGCAGCUAGUGGCAGUAUUGCUCAUGCAUUAUUUGUUCCGAAAGAUCGCAAAAUUUCGAAGAUCCGGAUUCAAACCCGGCAACUUGAGAAUCUUUUGGACCAGAUAAUUGUUGUGGCGGUUGAUUCUUGGGACCGCCAAUCUCGGUAUCCUUCGGGCCAUUAUGUACGGAAGAUAGGAGAAAUUGGUGAUAGAAACGUUGAAAAUCAGGCAGUCUUAAUGGAGAAUGAUAUAUGCGACGAGCCAUUUUCUCGCCAGAUUUUGAACUGCUUGCCUCCAUUACCAUGGUCUGUGUCAGCUGAAGAUUUGGCCAACCCUAUCAGAAUGGACUUACGGCAUUUGCUUGUCUUCAGUGUAGAUCCUCCUGGAUGCAAGGAUAUUGAUGAUGCUCUACACUGUACAACUCUUCCUAAUGGAAAUUUUGAAGUUGGAGUUCAUAUUGCUGAUGUAACAAAUUUUGUUCACCCUGGAACACCACUUGAUGAUGAGGCUUCUCAAAGGGGCACAUCAGUAUAUCUUGUUGAGCGCCGAAUUGACAUGUUGCCAAAACCUCUAACCGAAGAUAUAUGUUCUCUUCGAGCUGAUGUGGAGAGACUAGCUUUCUCUGUUAUUUGGGAAAUGACACCUCAGGCAGAGAUUAUCUCUACAAGAUACACAAAAAGUAUCAUCAAAUCAUGUGCAGCAUUAUCUUACGUUGAAGCUCAGGCUAGGAUGGAUGACAGUCGAUUGGUUGAUCCUUUAACUACUGACUUGAGAGAUAUGAAUACAUUAGCAAAGAUAAUGAGACAGAGGCGAAUUGAAAGAGGAGCCUUAACUCUUGCUUCAGCUGAAGUCAAAUUUCAGAUUGAUACUGAGACCCAUGACCCCCUCGAUAUAGGUAUGUACCAGAUUCGAGAAGCAAACCAAAUGGUCGAGGAGUUUAUGCUUGCUGCUAAUGUUUCAGUGGCUGAAAAAAUACUAAAACAUUUUCCACUGUGUUCUUUGUUGAGGCGUCAUCCGACUCCGACAAAAGAGAUGCUUGAACCUUUACUUCGUACCGCUGCUGCCAUUGGUCUCAACUUGGAUGUCACAUCAUCAAAAGCUCUAGCUGAUUCACUUGAUCGUGCUGUGGGUGAUGAUCCCUAUUUCAAUAAGCUAAUUCGGAUAUUGGCAACCAGAUGCAUGACCCAGGCGGUCUAUUUCUGUAGCGGGGAUCUCAGCCCUCCAGAAUUCCAUCAUUAUGGACUUGCUUCCCCUCUAUAUACUCAUUUCACCUCUCCAAUCAGGAGAUAUGCUGAUGUCAUUGUGCACAGAUUGCUUGCUGCAUCUUUAGAGAUAAAUAAACUUCCACAAAUUUUCCAAGACAGGACCCAACUAACUAGUAUUGCCGAGAAUUUAAACUAUCGACAUAGGAAUGCUCAGAUGGCAAGCCGGGCCUCUGUGGAGCUCCAUACUCUGAUCUACUUUAGGAAGCGGCCCACUGACGAGGAGGCCAGAAUAGUGAAGAUCAGAUCCAAUGGUUUCAUAGUAUUUGUUCCCAAGUACGGUAUAGAAGGGCCUGUAUACUUGACACCUAGAGGUGAGAAGGGGGAUGGGGAAUGGUUUGUGGAUGAGCAGCAGCAGCAGGUCAAAAAGAUGGAUGGUAGUGUUAGUUACAGUGUUCUGCAGUCGGUGAAGAUUCACAUGGAGGUUGUGGAACCGCAGCCGAACCGGCCAAAGCUUGAACUUUCCCUUAUUUAGGAGAUGAGAAGAAUAUACGUGGCCUGUACGUCUAAGCAGCAAAGGAGCCUUUGACCUGAUUUGGGACUGUUUUAUGGAACUUGUGGUGGUGUUGUUUGAAACACCUUAGGUUUCAGGUUUUUUAUUGCUGCAGUGGGGGAUAGGAAACAUUUGUGUUAUUGUAAAAUAGAGUGCAAUCGAAAUCGAUUAUCGUUGAAUCUUGUAUUUUCAAGUGUUAAUAUUGUAAAUUUUUUUAUUUUCAAUGCAGGUUAUUUAUUAGGUUUUA